UGACGUGGAUGAAACGUGUAGAGAGGAAUCGUCGCAGUCGAUUGACUGUUGUACCUGUGUGACCAGGCUGAAAUGACAGUGCUCUGUGUUGGUGUCCCGUUACACAUGUGGCUGAGUAGACUAUAUAAGCAGCGCAAUGCAAACCAUUCGUAUAAAUCAGUGUGUGCUGCUGUCUACCCCUGCAGAAUUGUUUGAGGAGCGAGAUAGGCUGCUGCAGAUUUCAUUCCUUUCGAAUUAUUUGAAAAAGCAAAACAUAUAUUUUUGUAGCAAUAAUGGGUGUUAUGGUUUCGCAACUCUUCUCUCGUUUCUUCGAGAAAAAACAGAUGAGAAUUCUGAUGGUUGGGUUAGAUGCUGCAGGGAAGACCACAGUCCUGUACAAACUAAAACUUGGAGAAGUUGUCACCACUAUCCCCACUAUUGGGUUCAAUGUGGAGACGGUUGAGUACAAGAACAUCAGCUUCACGGUGUGGGAUGUAGGUGGUCAGCACGUCAUCAAACCUCUGUGGAAGCAUUACUACCAGAACACACAGGGUCUUAUAUUUGUGGUAGACAGCAACGAUCCUGAGAGGAUAAAUGAUGCUACAGAGGAACUACAGAACAUGCUUGAAGAGGACCAGUUGAGAGAUGUAGUUCUGCUGGUGUUCGCCAACAAACAGGACCUUCCCAACGCCAUGUCUGUCAGUGACAUCACAAAUAAACUGGGACUGAGGAAACUUCAAAUGAAUACUCCUUGGUUUGUCCAGGCUACCUGUGCGACCCAGGGCUCAGGUCUGUUGGAAGGACUGGACUGGUUGGCUGACCAGCUUUCCAAGCGCUAACUAGCUGAGUUGGCUCUGUAGCGACGUUACCCCUAGGUACAGGUCUAGGAUCAGCUUCCCCUCCCACGAUCAUAACCUUAAUCAUUAGUGGGGGAAAUGUAAAACUGACCCAAGAUCAGUGUCUCGGUGCAAAGGUACCCUGUAACAGCCCUCCUUAAGAACGACCAGGACAACGUUUACUCAAGGACAACCAUACAAUCAGAACAAAACUUAGAAGUGGCUUUCUGAAAAGUUUCCAUUUUUUGGGGGGUAAUCCACUUCAAUGUAUUGUACAUAUUGUAACUUGGAAAGUUAUAUAAAAUAUAUAUAUUUUAAAUUAUCACUGAAUGACUGUAAGCAGAUUCUUUAUCAACACCCCUGUAUUUAUUUCCUGACUUCCAAAACCUCCUACCUCUAAUAAAAUCAUGGUGUGUAAAUGUA